AUAAUUUUUCUUGGGUAAUACUAAAACCCGGGACGGGACGGGACCGAUUCCAUUCCACACGGUGAUAAAAAUAUGUUAUCGUGUACACAUUAAAUACCAUUGACCUAUUAUAAAUGGACUGAGCGUAGAAAGAGAAACUGCGGCCAAGAAUGAGAUAAAAGAUGUACUCCUUUUUGGAAGAAAAUAUUCUUAAAAUAGUUUUUCUUCCAGGCGGAAAUGUAUGAUAAGAGCCGGUACCGGCAUGGAUAUCAGCCUGCUAUUUGCCGCUCAAAUUGACUUUUCAAUUUUCAACGAGUGACGACUGUUGACUAAUCGACUUUUUGGUAGUUUGACUUUGAGUAUUCAACAUUUUUCAAAAAAAUUUAGUUAAUUGUAUUGCUCUAAUUGCUGACGAAUUUUACGAUGGUUUGGAGUUGUUGUAUUCCUUUCUGCGAGUCCAAAGGAAAUAAAGGAUCCAAACUAAAGUUGCAUAAAUUUCCACUUGAUAAAAAUCGUCAAACAUUAUGGGUCAAAUCAAUUCAAAACUUUGAACCGUCAUAUAUAAUGAAGAAAUCCCAUUACGUUUGUCAAUGUCAUUUUUUAUCAACAGACUAUGAGUUAAACAACCUACUAAAAAAAACUGCUGUUCCAUCUGUUUUUAGUAAGUCAUUUAAGUACAACAUGAAAAAUUAG